UAAAUGCUUCCAACGAAGAAGAAGCAGAGGCGGAAGCGCGGCGGUUUAUAAUACAUGCCGGUGCAGGUGUGGUGCCUGUCCUUCCGGCAGCCGUAUGCUGGCCUGGUCCUGGACGGGGUGAAGACGGUGGAGAGCCGCUGGAGGCCCCUGCUGGCCCCACUGGAGAACCAGACCCUGGCCGUCCACAUAGCCCGGAGGGACUGGGAGGGGGACGAGUGGAGGGCGGUGCUUAGCGGCCCGUUGGGGAUGAACCGAGCUCAGAUCCAAGCGCUCCUGGAGUCUGGGGAGCGGUUUGGCCGCGGAGUGGUGGCAGGUUUGGUGGAUGUGGGCAGGACCUGGCUUUGCCCCGCCUCCUCCUCCUCCUCACAGGAGGCGGAGCUACAGCACCUGGAGCAGUCUGCCGUUCUGACUGGUCUCCAGGAGAAACACCUGACUCACCUGUCCAACCCUCGCUGGCUGAAGGAGCCCUUGAGGGCCCACGGAGGUCGUGACCUCUGGACUGUGGAGAUCCCCGAUGAGCUGUUACCUUGACGACCGGCGUCCGCGACAGUCAAGAUGGUGGCGGCUCGCCAACGACCACAGAACAACUGUGUUUAGUUUCAUUAUUUCAGUGACAUUUUCUUUUCAUUAUUAUUGUUAUUGAAAAUAAAGUUUAUUUCCUGUUA